AUUACUUUGCCCUGUCUCUGAAGGAGAUGGAUGAAUUGGAGGGGAGGCAAGGAGAGAAAGGGACCAGUGCUGCCUCUGGCAAGGGUUUGUCCAAAAGGAGAUUGCGCCAGACCCGCAGCCUAGACCCUGCCAUCAUCCGCAACUAUGGCCGAGAACCAGAGGAGGAUGAGGAUAUUGGGGGGCCCAUGCAUAACAGGGUUACUUUGGGCCGAGUUAGGGGAGCAGGCAGUGGGGGCAGCAGCCCCUGUACCUCACUGUCUUCAGCUGAGUGUCUCGCAGUGUCCUCUUCUAGGGGUGCCGUUCGAAGGGGGUUGCCGUCUCCUGGCCCUCUGUGCUCGUCUUUCUCAACUCCCAGUACCCCCCAGGAGAAGUCACCCUCAAGCAGCUUCCACUUUGACUAUGAACCAGCCUUGGGACGAAACACCCUCAAGAGGAAUAUGGCCUUGGACCUGCCUUACUUUCUAGCUGGGCCCAGUAGUGGACGGUCCUCUUCCACUGCCGGCAUCCUCACCUCCCCAGGUGGAAGUACCAACAGCAUCUUCUCUUCUCCUCGGAAAUGGCUCCAGCAGAGGAAAUUACAGCCACCAGCUAACAGCAGCAGUCAUUCCUACAUUGUGUGGAAGUCUGAGGUAGGGACAUUGGUCGGCCUCUUUGUUUCUUAA